AAUCUUUUGGUUACAAAAAUAAAUUACGUACAAAAGUUAAUCUGUUUACAAUGUUUCAGCAAGUUGAUUGGAGCAAGAGACUAUACAAACGAAGGCACGAGGGACACUGAAGGCCACGGUACACACACAGCAUCAACAGCGGCUGGAAACGCGGUUGAGAACGCAAGUUUCUAUGGAAUCGGUAAUGGAACUGCAAGAGGCGGCGUUCCAGCAUCCAGAAUAGCAGCAUACAAAGUCUGUAGCGGGUCAGGGUGUAGCACGGAAUCUAUACUAUCGGCUUUCGAUGAUGCUAUCGCAGAUGGUGUCGACGUCAUCAGCGCCUCCCUCGGGGGAGUCACCACCUACAUGUACGAAAAGGACCCAAUAGCGAUAGGGGCUUUUCACGCUAUGGCCAAAGGGAUUCUCACUGUGCAGUCAGCUGGUAACAGCGGUCCAAAUCCAACCGUGAGCGUAGCACCGUGGAUCUUAACCGUUGCAGCUAGCACCACAAACCGUGGGGUUUUCACUAAAGUCGUUCUCGGAAACGGCAAGACACUUGUCGUAAGUACCAACAAACGUUCUCAUUUCUAUGAUCCUAGUCUCCUUCUCAUUAUCAAUGUAUCUUUUUCUCAUAACAGGGAAAAUCAGUGAAU